UUCUUCUUCCCUAGUGUCAUUUUCCAAGAUAUACUCUCGAGGUGCACCACACCCAAAUCCUUCAUCUCUCUUCUAUUUCCUUUCCAUGCACUUUCUGGGUUUUUUUUUCUUCUUCUAAUUAUUCUUUAAAUUUAAUUUCAUGAAUCCUUUUUUUUUUCUAUUAGCUUGACAACACACAUGCUUCUUUUUUUUCUCUCUCUCUAUCUAACUUUCACUUACUCUUUCUUGAGGCAUGUUUGUUUGUUGAAGAAGAUUUAUGAGUCUUUAGUUCUUUAGCCUCUCCUUCCUUUAAGCUCUUGUCCUUCCCUUCCUCCUUCCUUCUUCCCCCUUUAGGCUUUAAAGCAUAAAUCAACAACUCCUCUUUCAAAGCUUUUUAUCUAUUCUUGUACCAAAACCAAAUCUCUCCCUCACAUAUAUUCUUUCUCAAGAAGAACACAAAAGAUUGUAGAUCACCCACUUGACUGCAAACUUUACUUUUUUUUCCUUCUCAUUUGCUUGCUCCCAAUUGUUAAAUUAGCCAAGAAAAAGGAAAAAGAAGAAGAAGAAGAAGAAGAAGAAGAAGAAGCAAUUAUCUGGUAAAGAAACCAAGCGAAAAUGCCAUUAGAAGAGGUUUUCGUUGAAUCCUCUUCAAACCCACUUCCUGAUCUUUCUUUACAUAUUAGUCCUCCCAAUACCUCGCCUUCUUCAGUAUCCUACACCGUCAACAGUAUUAAUAAAUCAGAUACAAGCUUCAAUCUUUUGAUGAGCAGACAAGUAGGCAUCCAUAAAUCCAACAAUAUUAGCUCCAUGAGUACUAGUGAUUCUCAUGCUUACAGUACUGAGCUAUCACUAGCACACCCAGCAAGUGCCCUCGACGAAGAAACCAGAAACAGAAGGAAUUUCACUGGUGCUGGAACUGAAGAACCACCGCACAAUCCUUAUCAACAAAGUCACCACCACCACCACCAUCAUCUUCACCAUUCUAGCGCUAACCUAAGUAAUAUAAAUCAUGGGGUUUCUCGACUUGAUGUGUCUGAUGGUUUGAGGCCUAUUAAAGGUAUUCCAGUUUAUCACAACCGUUCAUUUCCUUUUCUUCCUUCAGAACAGUCAAGAGAGAAUAAAGAUCCCAAGAUGUGCUUCUACCAAAUGCCCUAUCCUUCUUCCUCUUUGUGCUCUCCUUCUGUUUCUCCUCACACUUCUUCACCUUAUUAUAUUGGAGGAGCAGGAGGUUUAGAUCCUAUGUCCAUGCUUAAUUCAUCUGGACCUAAUCAAUCUGCUUCUGCUUACAAUCGUUUAGCACCGAUUACAAGGUUUAAUGGGCUUUCAAUGGAUUCUUUCAAAUCCCACCAACUGCACCACCAGGUUCACCACCACAAUCAGUAUGGAGUUGGAUCCGGCGAGGCUUCUCAUGGGUUGCUCAGAUCAAGAUUCUUGCCUAAACUUCCCACAAAGAGGAGCAUGAGAGCACCGAGAAUGAGAUGGACUAGCACUCUUCAUGCUCGAUUUGUACACGCCGUUGAGCUUCUUGGGGGCCAUGAAAGAGCUACUCCAAAGUCAGUUCUUGAGCUCAUGGAUGUGAAGGAUCUAACAUUAGCUCAUGUGAAGAGCCAUUUACAGAUGUAUAGAACUGUUAAGACCACUGACAAGCCUGCAGCCUCCUCAGGCCAAUCAGAUGGAUCUGGAGAAGAAGACAUAUCACCAAUGGGCAAUGGUUCCGGUGACCGAGGCCUACGACAAUUUAGUGAUCAGAGAGGACCUACAGAUGGGGCAGCAGUGCAACAAGAAAUGGACUACCCUUCUGCUGCUACUACUCUCUGGAGUAAUUCUUCAAGCAAUAGAGAAAUUUGGCCACUGACAAACUCCAAUGACAUGGAUGGAUACAGAGAAUCAACAUUACAGUCACAGUCAUUAGAUGGAUAUAGAGAAGCAGCAUUACAGUCACAACAAAGGUCUGGACACACAAUUGAGGAAUGCAAUUCAACUCGGCUGAAAGGCUACUUAGGAAUGAAUUUGGAUUGCAAGAAUCCAAGCUUGGAGUUCACAUUAGGCAGACCAGACUGGCAAGGAAAUGAACAUAAUUAAUAUAAUUCUAUUAAAUAUAUUUCUUCUAUAGUUCUUUUUAUUUGAAUCUUCUUGGCUAUUUCAUUAGUAUUUUUGCAAGAAUGAGAAGGCAUAGAGUUAUAUAUAUAAAUAUGUGCUUGUUAUCAAGCAAGAAAGGAGAGGAGAGGAGGAAUGAAGAGGGUGGGUUGAUUUCUUUCGAGUUCAAUGCAUUCAAGUUUUUUUUUUUUUUUUUUUUUUUUUUUUUGUAUUGAAACAUGUUUCUUCAAAGUUUUGUAUGUGGCUAGUUGACUAGCUGGCUAGAGUUAUAAUG